AUGGCUGCCGAGAACGGAUCCGUCACCGACCCCACCACCAAUGCCCCCGAGGUCGAGACCAAGGGAAAGGGCAAGGAGGUGGCCAGCGAGGAGCCCGUUGAGCAGAGCGAGGCCAUGGAAGAGGAUGAUGAAUCCAGCGACGAGGAGGAAAACAACAACGAGACUGCUGAGCCCGCUGAUGAGGAUGACGGCAUGGACGAGAUCGACCUGAACAACAUUGUCGAGGGUGGCCGCCGCACCCGCGGUCGUGUCAUCGACUUCGCAAAGGCGGCCGAGGAGAACCCUGCCGACGAUGAUGAUGACGAUGAGGACGACGACUUCCAGGCUCCUGACGACUCCAAGAUGGACGAAGACUAA